UCAAUACCUAUUGUAAUUUAUCGUAUUCACCAAUUGUAAGAUAAAUUUACUUUUUUAAGACUUAUUUGUCAUUUGAGAAUAAAUGUAUAUUUGUUACUGUGAUGCAAGGUCUUGGUUGUGAUCCGAAUGUAUAGUGAGGCUGCGACAUCAAUUUCCACUUUGAGAGGACUUAUUUAUGUUUUGUUUCAUAAGGAGAAGGCCCCUCAAAGUACAAUUCAUGUCGCGACUAGAUUAUAGUUUUUCACAAUAUGUACAAAUUUUUCAAAUUUUAAUUUCACCAUUUAAUGAUUAUUCUAUUAAGAUUUACCGUUUGUAAGUCCUACUGAUUUACAAUUCUACUAGAACUCUUAUAAUUUAUAUAACAAUUUGCUGUUAUUUGUAGAGUAAAAAUUUAAACUUCUCUGUGUGUGUACAAUAUAAGUAGAUUUUUUUAUUUGAUAAAACUUCAUUUUUUUGCGAAUCUUCAGGGUGUUGUGAACGUACAGAUUUGUGUGGAAAAUAUUUAUAAAAAUGAUAGGGUGGAUAACCACUUUUUGCACACAAUAUUCCAUGGUGUUUUCAUAUGGGAAUAUAUGAGAGAUAAAAUCACAUGUAUCCUGUUCUCAGGGGGAUAAGCUAGUAAUAUAUUUUAGCAACCUUAACUCUAGAGCCUUAUAUAGUCUAAAGGUUUAUUAUCAUGUAAAUCAGUACAACGCAAUACUAUGGACCAAGUAUAGAACGAUGUAAAGAUUAUCGGCGAUUAAAUCUAACUAAUGGAACUUGACAGUAGAGUAAUUUGAUUAGUAAAUGUCGAUAUUGGUAUUGUAUGUAUAUAUCUUUUUAAUUGAUCUCGAAUUAUCAAUAAUAUUUUUAUUUUAUACAUGAACUAGAUUUUUCCAUUACUUUUUCCAUUACAUAUAUGCGACAAGUGAAUAUCCAUAGAUGUAUACAUAUAUGUUAAAUAUAUAUGUCAGUAAGUGAACAGGGAAUGCGAAUGAAACUAUUUUAUCCGAUAUUGGGAGAGUCCCAAAAAUGUUUCAAUUUCACGCGAAUAAAACAUGGUAUUGGUCACUGGGUAUUCGAGACUGGAAUGAAAGUAGGCAAAAGUGAAAUAAGCAGACGAUUUUGUUCGAUUGUCAGCAAUCUUCACGAAAUAUGAAGAACCCUCUAGGUAUUGAAUUACCGACGUAAUCAAAAUUUUUGAAUUUUAACAAACCAAUUUUUACGAACAGUCAAGAAAUUAAAGUCUCCGGCAUAAUCAAGACCCCGCAAGCUUUACUGAGAAAUGGAUAUGGAAGUUAUUUUGGCUGAUUUGAGCGCAAAAGUCCCAUGUCUACAAUGUAUCCUUCGUCCUGAAUACACACCAUAUAUUAACACAAUUGGGACGAUCCUUUUAGGAUGGAUAGUCAUUUCAUGUAUCUCUCGUAUUUUGCACUUUCUGUUUACGCCACUGCUAAUUGGCAGCGUUGCCGUGUUUCUGAUAUCUCCAUCAUCAGCGAAAUGGUGCGCCAAACAAUUGGGACCAAAUAUGGAAACUGUGCUGCAUGAUUUUUCGGAAAAAAUCAAAGCAAUGAUUGCUGACAUUCGAUGAGCGUGCGUAUUUCGUCAAACUAAUUAAUUUCAAAUUCUGAGAAUUAACUGAAGCAAUAAAUUUGAAGUAAUACCAUACGCAUUCCAUUUUCAAUAUUCAUCAGAGAAAUCAAAUUGGCAUAUCGAUUUCGAGUACUUUUGCCCAUUGUGCAAGUUCAAAUUCUGAUGGGAGAAAUUAUAUUUUCCAUCGGGAAUAUCGUACGAAAAUCCCACGCGCAAUAGUUCAAUUUAUUUGAUAAUCCACUGACGCGAGUUAUAUGCCCUGAAUUUCCAUUAUAAAAUUUUGAUCAUUACCGUAACUUUACCAGCUAAAAGUAGGCGCUAUUCUCAUUCAGCCUGUGCAUUAAGGUACUUAGACUCAACAUUCGCAGAAUUGGAAGCCGAGUAUUUUAUUACUUUUUCGUCAUUUUUUUUUAUUUUCCUUUUAAUCCCUUCCACUUACUUGGCCAUCGAGCAUUAACGUAGUAUCGAUAGAGUUGAGUGCACUCUGGAGUUUCAUCCUGGUGUUACAGUUCGCGACCAGAGAAUUCCCACAAUUGCCAACAUGGCGAUAGUCCAUUGAAUUUAUAGCGUUUAUAUAGAAUUUGACCUUCCUCAUUAUCCCAAAAUACUAACGCAUAACGUUGGCUAGAUGCUUAAUUAAACUACCGAAAGAGAAUGUGUCUAAUUAAGGUACAAUUAGUGCAAUGAUGGUAUACGAUUAAUAAUGAAGAAAUUGGAAAACGUAAUGAUGUUGGAAUGUUAUUUGUAUCCCUAAUCCUUUAAAGAAAACAACUGUACUGAGAUACAGACCUCGAAGGUCGCUCCAGUGACUAUGCAAAGUUUAAUUAAUAAAGAAAUAUUGUUGAUAACGUAAACCUAGUUAAUGAGUCUAGAAGUGAAAUGUUUGGGCUAUAGAAUUGUUCA